AGUUGUGGGAUCCAUUUUUUUCUUCUUCUUUUUUCUUGUUGUCAUAAUCCCUUUUCACAGAACAACAACAACCUCCAAAAUUGCUCUAUCGCUCUAUCAAUUUGCUUCUUUCUCAUUAAUCAGUCACUAGUUCGAUCUCGACAUUUUAAUUCUCGAGAUCGAACGUUUGGCUCUUGCCGUGUUACACGCCGGCUAUGGCCUCAGGUUCUUCAGAAACCACUACAAUAUUCGGUAAAUAUGAGCUAGGAAAACUCCUUGGAUGUGGCGCAUUUGCCAAAGUGUACCACGCUAGGGACGUCAAAGAUGGCCAUAGCGUGGCAAUAAAAAUAAUCAAUAAAUCAAGAGUUAGUAACGCGAUUUUGAUGUCGAACAUCAAACGUGAGAUCUCCAUCAUGCGUCGCUUAAGUCACCCUCACAUCGUCAAGCUUGACGAAGUGCUGGCUACCAAGACGAAGAUCUACUUCGUCAUGGAAUUCGUCAAGGGUGGCGAAUUGUUCGCGAAAAUCGCGAAAGCUGGAAAAUUUUCCGAAGAUCAGACUCGGAAAAUUUUCCAGCAACUCAUCUCCGCCAUUCGUUACUGUCAUUCCCGCGGCGUCUACCACCGUGAUUUGAAACCGGAAAAUUUGCUAAUUGAUGAAAAUGGUGAUUUGAAAGUGUCUGAUUUUGGGCUAAGUGCAUUAACGGAACAAGUACAACAAGAUGGGUUGUUACACACGCUUUGUGGCACCCCAUCUUACGUGGCACCAGAUAUUCUAACAAAGAAAGGAUAUGAUGGAGCUAAGGUAGAUGUAUGGACAUGUGGAAUCAUCUUGUUUGUGUUAAAUGCUGGAUAUUUGCCAUUCCAUGAUUCAAAUCUCAUGGGGAUGUACCAUAAGAUUUGCAAUGGAGAAUUCAAGUGUCCUAAAUGGAUGUCAUCCGAGUUAAAACGAUUUUUACAUCGACUUCUUGACACAAAUCCUAUGACAAGAAUAACCAUUGAAGAAAUCAUCAACGACCCUUGGUUUAAGAAGGGCUUGAAACGUGUUAAAUUCUGUGAGGAAGACGGUAAGCCUCAGAGACGGAUUCAGGAUUCAGAUUCAAUGGGUCCAUCUACGUCUAACACGGAAAUAGAAGAGGUCAAGGAGGGAGAAGACAAGAACAAGAACUCUUAUUUGAAUGCUUUUGAUAUAAUUUCGUUCUCUUUGGGAUUAGACCUCUCAGGGUUGUUAAACGAUGGAUGCAACCCGUUGGAAGAUUUCGAAAGAUUAAUUGUUGAAGGGUCGUUGGAGAUAGCAAUGGAGAGAGUGGAGGAGAUGGCAAAGAAGGAGAAUAUCAGGUUGAAGAAGAAAAAAGAAUGGGGAGUGGAGUUGAAGAAAGGUAAAUUGAUUAUGAACAUGGAAAUUAACAGAGUGAUAGAUGGUUUUGUGGUUGUUGAGGUUCGUCGAAAAGUUGGGGAUAUUGAUAUGUACAAAGAAAUAUUGAAGAAUAAAAUGAAACCAGAAAUUCUCGGCCAACAACCGACGGAAGUUCUGGUUUCGACAGAGGUGAAUCCAUGAACUAGAAUUAGUAGAUUUAUGAUUUGCCUUUGGCAAAAUAUUUUUUAGUUAUACUAUGGGCUAGAAAAUGUUCAGAAAGAAAAUUAAAUACAAUUCAGUGUGCUCUGUACAUAAGAAAGAGAGUAUAUUAAAAGGAGGAAAAAAAGAAGGAAAAAAGAUCGAUGUAUAAUGGGAAGUUAUUCAUCGGUUACCCAUAUUGUUAAUAUUUUUUUGUAUGUGGGUUGAGAAUUUUGUUGUGAGGAAUAAAACUACACUCCUAUUGUGUGUA